GUCUUUCACAAGUUUGGGCACUGGUUCAGUAAAGGUUAGGCAGGCUAUACUGACAUGGGAAACACAUCCGCAAAGCCUGCAAAGCCAGAAAAGGAAGAGAUUCUAGUGAAAGUUGUGCCUCCACUUGACCGAGCACUCGUCAAGUGGCUUGCUCGAGAUCUUGAGAGAAUCCAUGGCUAUGCUCCUAGAAACCCUCGUACUGUGAAGCCACCAGAACAUUAUAUUGAGUACAUGCGCUUGAAUGGAUGGUUGGAUCUAGACCUGGAUGAUCCUCACCUGGCUCACUUAUUCAAGUAGAAGGCCUUUGUUUUGUAUAUCAUCACAGGAAAUUUAAUUCCAGCUCUGUAUAACAGGACCUACUUGGCAGAAUCUUUUAAUUCAAAUUUGGUGAAGAGCAUGUGCAUGAUUAGUUAUAGUCA